CCCUGUGGCUGAGCCCAGAGUCACCACCAGAUGACGUAAACAAACACACGUCAGUCCCUAAACCAAAAUGGCAGAGAAUGGACCUUCAAAAAGUGAUAUUGAGGCUACUUUUAAGCGACUCAGAGCGAUACCAACCAAUAAAGUAUGUUUCGACUGCAGUGCCAAGAACCCCACCUGGGCUUCGGUGACCUACGGUGUAUUCAUAUGCAUCGAUUGUUCAGCUGUACAUCGCAACCUGGGAGUGCAUUUGACAUUUGUAAGGUCAACCCAGCUAGACAUAAACUGGACGUGGUUACAACUCCGGAAUAUGCAACUUGGUGGUAAUACUAAUGCUGGAACUUUCUUCCGUCAACAUAAUUGCACAACUACAGAUGCCCAACAGAAAUAUAAUUCACGUGCAGCGCAGCUCUACCGUGAGAAGCUCUCCCAGAUGGGUCAACAGGCCAUGAGGAUUCAUGGAACAAGGAUGGACCUAAAUCCUGACCAAACCCAAAGACUGGCUAGCUCAGUUGGCCUUGCAGCAUGGUCACCACCAAGCUUAUCUGCAUCUCCAUCAGCCACUCAUCCAGACCCCAUGGUGGUCAAUAUUGAUGUUGGACAUACUGAAAAUGUGGUCCCUGAGGUGAAGAAGGAGGUCGAUUUUUUCGAUGACCAUGUCAACAAUGCUGCUCCUGCAUCUCCAGUCCUCAUUCAAUCCCAGCCUGAGUUUCCUUGUGCUAAGGGUUCCAGUAUAAGUAAUGGCACUAAUGAGUCACCAGAGAAUUCUCAGGCUGCCCCAAAUGUUGAAGCUGCUCUUAACAUGUCCACCACUGAUGCCCAGAAACUUGCCAACGAGCCACGAAAGUCCACAAUUGGUCAGCGGAGACCAGCCAACAAAGUAGAUUGCAGUGGUUCAACGUUGAAGUUAGGAGCCAAGAAAGUUGGCGGACUUGGUGCUCAGAGAGUGAAGAAGGACUUCAGUGUAAUUGAGAAGGAGGCAGCCCGCAAUGACCAGUUGAAACAGGAGGCCAAAGAAAUGUCCAAGGAAGAACAACAACAAUCAUUACAAAAUUUGGAACAAGUAUAUGAGAACAUGAGCUUGGCUGGUAAACGUGAGGAGGAGAGGAUGAAGCGAGUUGACCCCAAGAAAGCUCAGCAGGCAGAACGUCUUGGUAUGGGGCUCGGUGUCCGAAGUGGAGCGUCUCACAGCAUGUUCGGAGAGAUGAAAACCAUUAAGCAAGAAGCUCCUCUUGGAGCCAAGUCCAAUCGUGGCAACAACAACAAUAACAACACUAGCUUCAGAGACGAGGAUAUAGAGGACGACUUUGAAACCAUCAUUCGAUUCCCUUCUGGUCCACCCAAGUACCGUGACAGUCCAUUUGAGGAACGAAAUAAUUAUGGAUUUGCUAGUGGCAAGGGUUCAGGCAUUGAUGAUCUUCUAAGCAACAAACCUUCCUCAGCCUGGGACAAUGAGUUUGAAAAGAACAGUAAUUCUCUAUCUGGAAAUUCAUCAAGUAGCCUUGGAAAUCUGUCCUCUAAUAAAGUCUCUGCAUCAGCCAAUUACAAAUACACUGCAGUAGAGGACAACAAGGCUCAGCAGAAGUUUGGCAAUGCAAAGGCCAUCUCUUCUGAUAUGUUCUUCCAGGACCGAGAUCCUAACGCAGAAGUGCGUUCAACUCUGGCCCGGUAUGAGGGCUCAACCUCCAUAUCCUCAGCUGAUCUGUUUGGUGGAGGCCAGGCACAAAAGAAUUAUAGUGGAGGAACCAUACAGGCUCCAGACUUGGAUGAGGUCCGAGAGUCAGUGCGGCAAGGUGUGACCAAGGUGGCAGGCCGUCUGGGUAGCCUGGCCAACAACGUCAUGUCCUCACUACAGAGAAAAUGAUGAAACACUUAGGCUAGACUAGACCGAUACCUGUAAGUGAUCCUGGUGACGAUGCGUUGUAACCUACCCCUCCCCUUUAGCCUUUUUUCACGUCAACGUAUGUAGGUCCAGGAAAUGUCUUGACUAUUUUUUUCUUUUGCUACCUAUAAGUUCUGUAAAUGUCAAACCACUUUGUUUUUCAUAUAGGAUGAUUAAUUUAUAAUAUGAUAUCACAAAUAGAUAUGCACUGUCCACGUAUAUCAGUGUAACCAUUGAUCCCUAUCAGGGCUCAAAUCCCUGGUUAUAAGAUGUAUCUUGGGUGAUUCCCACUCAGCUGCCAGCCAGCCAAAAGUCCUGCUUAGCUCAUGGAGAUUUCCACCAUUGCCAUCUGAUACAAUCUAAAUGUGAUGUGACCCUAGCCAUUUAUGUUUUGUGGAAAUCUCAAAUAGCAAACAGUCACAUCUCAUGUAGACUAUCAUGAGUGGUUGCCAUGUUGUAGCAGUAGAAGUCUAAGUCUCCACAGGCUAAAUCAGUCUUUUACAUCUUACAGUCCUGGGUUCGAGCCCUGAUAAAGACAUUGGUUGGAAUGUGAUAUCAUGUUGCACAUAUAUCUUGUCAACAUGUAUAACUUAUUUACUGAGCAUUAUCUUACUUUAUUUUUUAACUGUUUUAGCUUGAAUGCUGAUGCAGUACUGUACAUGAUAUUUCCUAUGCAGUGUUUUUGUGAAUUUUAUGGAGCUGUAUUGUUAUGAUUUGUACAGAAUUUAUUAUUAAAUGUAAAUUUCAAAAGGAGAUCAAAGGCAUAACUUGGAACAUGAACUGAUGAAUGUAGGAAAUAAUUGCCAACUUUUUUGUGUGAGGAUGCUUCUCUAUCACUAACAUUGCAAAUUAAAUGAACUCUCAUUAGAGUCUAAUAACUGCUGUGUUGUUCGUUAAAUUUGAAUGGUUAUGACUAUUGUACUGUACUGUAUAUUUUAUUUUGAAGGUUCAUCCAUCCCUGUAACGAUGUAGUGAUAUAUUUUAAGAAUGUUUGAAUUUCUAAAGCCUUUGUGUACUACACUUGUCUUAAACCAUUCAUUCCUGUUAUUUCUCCAUUUUCUUGGAGCCUCUGUACCUCAUGAUCCAUCCAUCCCACACAACAGCAGGAAGAGAGUAAAGGUGAUAGAUAAAGAGACUUGGAUAACGAGAAAUCUUAUGUUUCAGGUUCAGUCAAUUUUGUGAAGAGUUCAGUUCAUGAUUUAGUCAUUGAUUCAUGACAUUAGCCUCUGUGAGAGUGCACUGAUAUUUGCAGUAGUUAGUGAAGUGAUUUGGUGGCUUAUGCUCUUUAUGAGAAUUUGUGCUGUUGAUACACCCUUUAAUGUUAUAAUCACACGAAGUAAAGACAAAACUUACUGUAAAUUGAAGGCUGAAAUCUAAUCUCUUUGUUUGGAGAUACAGGGGUUCUGUUGAAUUUGUGUCAUAAUAAAAGAAAAGAAUUUGUCUUAACAGAAGGGUUGUUGAGUAUUUGAACUGUCAGAUCUCCAGUAGACUUGUAAAUUAUAAAAGAAACAAAGCUCUGUAUGCUGUACUUUAUUCUUUUAUAGGAAAGCAAAUCCUAAAGUGUGAUUCGAAAAAAUCUGUUUUUGAAUUGGGACUUUAAGUAAUCUACUCUGAUACAGGAAAGUAAAUCCUAAAGUUUGAUCUGCACUCUUGAAUCAGGCAAUAGAGUAAGUUCAAAAUAUCUUACUCUUUUAUAGGAAUGUAAAUCCUUAAAAUUGAACUAAAAAAAAAAACUCCUAAUAUCAGGUCUUAUGGUAUUAUUGUAACUAAAAUAAACAUUAUUCUGAAGUAUCAUUCCAUGUCACUAAUCCUUUCAGAACUGUUACCUCAACCCUUGAUGAUGGUAUAUUUUCCUGCCAAGUAGGUAUUAAUAUUUGGCUGAGUUAAUAUAAUUUUUAUUUUAUACAAAAACAUUUAAAAAUGGAAAUUAAAAGAAAUGAUGUGCCAUGGUAAUAAUGACUUUUAUGUUCCUUUUGAUUUAAUUACUUCUCCUCAUUUUAAUUUUUGUUACUCAAAGUAUUAUAUUGUAUUAUCUUUAACUGGUAAUAACAGGGAUUGGGAAUAAAGGCAGAUUUCA